AGCCGUGUCUUCCCGCUUUCCGCUAUUGCCAUUUCCGGACGAUGGCGCCCCGGGCGGACGUCGUGGCGAUGGGGGGCGGCCAGGGUCGAUGGCUGCCCAGCCAGUUGCGCGCCUCCGAAGCCAGCGCCCUCGGCGCCUCCGCCGCCCGCCGGGCCGCCUGCCGCAGGAGGCAGGAGGCGUGCGAGGCGGGACUUCGAGAUGCCGUUCGCGGUGGUGGCCUGGGCAGGUGGCAGGACCGCGAGCGGGCGUCCAGGCCCGCCCUUCAGCGGCUUGCCUCAGGCGAGCGCGUCCCCGGGGCGUGGCGGAGGAGGCGCAACGCUUCUUGGCACUCCCAGCGGGUGCUCCCUGACGGGUUUGCCAGCGCAUCCGUCCACGACAUCGAGUGGGCAGCCGCUGGACCGCGGCUGGGCAUGGCCCACACGGUGCGGGCCGCGCAGCAGGCGCAGCAGGAUGUGCCGCUUGCCGGCGAGCCGCCGCGCGCACCGCUCGCAGAAUGGUUGGCGCCAGGGUUUGGCGGCGGGCUGGAGGCUCGCCAAUCGCCAGGUGCAGAAGGUGCAGUUGGAGACGGCGACGCUGAGCGACGACGUCGGCAACGACGUGGUGAACGUGACCGUGCGUCACAACGGCACCGAGCACAUCCGGAAGGUCACUUCGACACCAUCGAGGGCCAGAGCCUGGGGACCGAGACGGUCCCGCAGGCGCCGCUGGCCGAUGAGAUGGCGGCGCUGGAGCCGCUGGAUAUCAAGGACGGGGUCGCCGAGCUGGAGGGCCCCCUCCUUGGCGCCACCGAGCGUCUGAACACGGCAGACCACUUGGAGAAGGCGUGCGCGUCCAACGACGGAGGCGGCGGGCGAGUACUUCGCGGCUGGCGACACCGUCGUCAAUUGCAUCGCGGAGUGCGCCCGAUUGCGAGCGGCACAUCUGCAUCGACUGCCGGGCCAAGCACGGCCCGACGGCGCACCUGAAGGCCAUCGACUACAAGGUGUGCG